AGAAUUCCUACCUCUUGAGAUGUUGGCCAAAUUAACAUCGCUUGACUAUUUGCGUAUAUGUAAUAGCUGUGAUUCAAUGAGGUCCUUCCCGUUGGGCAUUUUUCCCAAAUUGACGGUGCUUGACAUUGAUGGUUGUGAGAAUCUGGAAUCCCUUUUUUUGAUUGAAGAAGAAGGAGCUGUUGAGAAUCUCAGCCAUCUCAAUCACUUGCGUGUCUAUAAAUGUCCAAAAAUGGUGUGUUUUCACGAGGGAGAAUUGCCCACUCCCAACCUGAGUGACUUUGUAGUUGCUGAAUGCGAGACUUUGAAGUCAUUGCCCGGACGCCUACACACCCUCACAGCCCUUCGAUCUUUGUCGAUAAGUAGUCUUCCGAAUCUGGAGUCAUUUGCAGAAGAUGGGGGUUUGCCUCCCAACCUCCGACUAUUUCAUAUUACGAAUUGUGAGAGACUGAGGGCUUCAUCAGUGGGAGAGUACUGGGGUUUGCAAGCACUUGUCUCCCUUGAACACUUUCUUAUCAGUGGAAGUGACCAUGUCUUGGAGACGUUGCUCAAGGAACAGCUGCUCCCUACCACUCUUCACACUCUCAGCAUCUAUUCUCUAUCAACUCUGAAAUCUUUGGACGGAAAGGGCCUUGGACACCUCACUUCUCUUCAAGCGCUAAAAAUUGGAUUCUGUCCAAGUCUGGAAUUCCUGCCAGGAGAGGAACUUCAACACCUCACUUCUCUUCAAGAGCUACGUAUUAUGUUCUGUCCCAGUCUCCAAUUCCUGCCAGGAGAGGAACUUCAACACCUCACUUCUCUUCAAACUCUAAGUAUCUUUUGUUGUCCCAGUCUCCAAUGCCUGCAAGAAGAGGGUUUGCCGCCAUCUCUUACUUAUCUGUGUAUCGAAGGUUGCCCUGCCCUGAAGGAAAGGUAUAAGAAUAAGACGGGACAAGAUGGGGCCAAGAUAUCUCACAUUCCUUGCAUCCAGAUAGGCAACGAAGUGAUCAUAUAAUAUGAGCUAUUCCAUAUUUCACUCUCAACCCUCAACUCCCAAAUCAAAGUCAUCAGGUCAAUCAGUAGAUGCCAGAAUGAAUUCAUUGCCUAAACACAUUGGCACCCUCAC